AGCAAUGAUGGUCCAUGAGAUAUUAAAUGGGCAUGCAGAUAGAUGUUAUCAAGAGUUUCGCAUGGAGCGACACGUCUUUGAGAACCUCUGCAGACUGAUGGUUCAUAGGGGUUGGUUGAAGGACUCUCGCUAUCUUCGAGUUGAUGAGCAACUAGCCUUGUUCUUAUUCAUUGUAGGAAAGGGUGCAAGCAAUAGAGAUGCGCAAGAGCGAUUUCAACGAUCUGAUUGGACUAUUAGCCAGCAUUUUGGGAUGGUGUUGAAGGCUAUGCGUUCACUAGCGAAAGAAAGAAUCAGACCACCAAGCUUCAAUCGUAUCCCCAUUGAGAUAGCUUCAAAUCCAAAGCAAUGGCCGUUUUUUAAGGACUGCAUAGGUGCAAUUGAUGGCAGUCAUGUUCAUGCAAUUGUACCAAGAGAAGAUCAAACCCGUUAUAGGAAUCGAAAAGGGAUAACAACACAAAAUGUGAUGUGCAUCUGUUCAUUUGAUAUGCACUUUACAUAUGUGAAUGCUGGAUGGGAAGGAAGUGCAAAUGACUGCUGAGUCUUUGAAUCAACAAG